AUGGUGCAAGAUCGAAGUACAUCAAAACAAAAUGAUGGUAGAAUUAUAGCAAACAAAAGCUUAAUGAUAGAGAACAGGUAUCGUGGUGAGCUAUCUGUUCUAGAGAAGUAUCGUUAUGAUCUUAGUCGUGCGCAACUUAAAGCAAGCUCACGAACAUCAGCUUUGUUAGCAGGUUUUGCAAUGGUUGCCCUUGUAGAGUUGCAAUAUGAUCAAGCAACGCCACCAUAUUUAUUGAUAAUAUUUGGUGUAGUUACAACACUUCUUGUAUCCGUUCAUCUUCUCGCAUUAAUGAUGUCGACUUGUAUAUUGCCUUACAUGGAAGCAAACGGUUGUACACAAGAUUCACCGCAUAUUCGACUUAAAUUUUACAUUGAUUUGUCAUGGUUGUUUAGUACAUGCGUUGGCUUAAUGUUAUUUCUUAUCGAAAUUGGAGUGAUAUUUUUCGUAAAAUUCUAUUCAGUUAAUUAUAUCACUGCCGCAUAUGUAACAACUGUCAUGUUGAUACCUAUUGUUGUGGUGUUCACAAUAUUUUCAUGCCUUAUACAUAAAAGUCGAUUUAUUCAUUCGAUGGAUCGUGUGGGGACAAAAGUAAUCGACUUACAAAAAUUUCUAGUUGAGAAUGAUCGAACUUUGCAGAACAUAUCUACUGUUGCUGGGGCGUCUGCAGUCGUUAAGCAGUCUUCGGUAGGUCGUAGUUUGUGA